AUGUGUUUCACCAGCAGUGCGAAGGAUGCUGCCUUUCCGCAUCCCAUUGCCACUGAUGAUGUCAACACAUGGUGUGUUGUCACACUUUCUGCUGCCACUCCUGCCUACUUUCGAGGAUUCACAUUGAUUGCUCUGAAGGAAGGAAAAGAAGGUGAUAAAGAGGAAGACCAUGCGGGAACGUUUCAGAUCAUAGAUGAAGAAGAGACGCAGUUCAUGAGCAAUUGCCCGGUUGCGGUCACUGAGAGCACGCCUAGAAGGAGGACACGCAUCCAGGUGUUCUGGACGGCUCCUCCUACUGGUACAGGCUGUGUCAUUCUGAAAGCCAGUAUUGUGCAGAAGCGCAUUAUUUAUUUUCAAGACGAGGGUUCUCUCACCAAAAGAAUCUGUGAACAAGAUUCAGCCUCAGAAGGUGUGACUGACAAACCAAUUUUAGAUUGCUGUGCCUGUGGAACUGCCAAAUACAGGCUAACUUUUUAUGGAAAUUGGUCAGAAAAAACACAUCCCAAAGACUUUCCACGGCGCACCAACCAUUGGUCUGCAAUCAUUGGUAGUUCUCACUCAAAGAACUACAUCCUUUGGGAGUAUGGAGGAUAUGCUAGUGAAGGUGUCAAGCAGGUUGCAGAGCUGGGAUCCCCAGUCAAGAUGGAAGAAGAAAUUCGACAACAAAGUGACGAGGUUUUAACAGUCAUCAAGGCAAAAGCACAGUGGCCUGCCUGGCAGCCUUUGAAUGUGAGAGCUGCUCCCUCUGCUGAGUUUUCUGUUGAUCGCCACCGGCACCUGAUGUCCUUCCUCACUAUGCUGGGGCCCAGUCCUGACUGGAACGUGGGCCUUUCUGCCGAGGACCUCUGCACCAAGGACUGCGGCUGGGUUCAGAAAGUUGUGCAGGAUUUAAUCCCCUGGGAUGCCGGCACGGACAGUGGUGUUACCUAUGAGUCACCCAACAAACCUACAGUUCCUCAAGAGAAGAUCAGACCGCUUACAAGCUUAGAUCACCCACAGAGUCCGUUUUAUGAUCCAGAAGGAGGAUCUAUCAAGCUAGUAGCCAGAGUUGUCAUUGAAAGAAUUGCACGUAAGGGGGAGCAGUGCAACAUCGUACCUGAUAACAUAGAUGACAUUGUGGCAGAUCUAGCACCAGAAGAAAAAGAAGAAGAUGAUACUCCUGAGACCUGCAUAUAUUCAAACUGGUCCCCUUGGUCAGCCUGCAGCUCUUCUACCUGUGAGAAGGGCAAGAGGAUGAGGCAGAGAAUGCUUAAAGCUCAGCUGGACCUCAGUGUGCCCUGUCCUGAUACCCAAGAUUUUCAGCCAUGCAUGGGUCCAGGCUGCAGUGAUGAAGAUGGUUCCACUUGCAUGAUGUCUGACUGGAUUACAUGGUCCCCCUGUAGUGUUUCCUGUGGAAUGGGAACGCGAUCUAGAGAGAGAUAUGUAAAACAAUUCCCAGAAGAUGGUUCUAUGUGUAAAGUGCCAACUGAAGAAACUGAGAAAUGUAUUGUAAAUGAGGAAUGUUCCCCUAGCAGCUGCCUUGUCACCGAAUGGGGAGAGUGGGAUGAAUGCAGCGCUAGCUGUGGCACGGGAAUGAAAAGACGACACAGAAUGAUCAAGAUGACUCCUGCUGAUGGAUCUAUGUGCAAGGCAGAAACUACAGAGGCAGAGAAAUGCAUGAUGCCUGAAUGCCAUACUAUUCCCUGCCUUCUAUCCCCAUGGUCUGAAUGGAGCGACUGCAGCGUAACGUGUGGGAAGGGAAUGCGAACCCGGCAAAGGAUGCUGAAAUCUGCGGCUGAGCUUGGAGAUUGCAAUGAGGAACUGGAGCAAGCAGAGAAAUGCAUGUUACCUGAAUGCCCCAUUGACUGUGAGCUAACAGAGUGGUCCCAAUGGUCUGAAUGCAAUACCUCAUGUGGAAAGGGCCACAUGAUCAGAACAAGAAUGAUAAAAAUAGAACCACAGUUUGGAGGAACAGCAUGCCCAGAAACUGUCCAACGUACAAAAUGUCGAGUAAGGAAAUGCCUGAGAGGGCCAGGCAUGGAAAAAAGGCGCUGGAAAGAGGCCCGGGAGAAAAGAAGAAGCGAACAAGCAAAAAAGAAUAUUGAUAAUGAGCAAUAUCCAGUUUGUAGGCUGAAACCAUGGACUGCUUGGACAGAAUGUUCUACACUCUGUGGAGGUGGAAUUCAGGAGCGUUACAUGAUGGUAAAGAAGAGGUCCAAAAGUACUCAAUUUACUAGCUGCAAAGACAAAAAGGAGCUAAGAGCAUGUAAUGUUCAUCCUUGUUAGGAAAACAGAAGGCUUCCAUGUGAUGCACUCUGAGCUAAAAGGAAAGUCAACCUUGGUUUGGUUUUUAAAACAAAAAAAAUAUAAAGUGUAUAUUAGUUUUCAUUUUUGCAGUGUGGUUUGCUUUUUAGUCUUGCUGGUGCAAGAAAUAUAUUUUAUAAAUAUUUCCUCACAGAUUAAUGCUGAGAGUAAAUCUUUGAUGCUCCAGCUAGCCCUUAAUGCAUAAAAAUAGUAGGUCAUUUUGAGUUAUUUAACUGAAAUACAGACACCUGUGGACAUGGAAUAGCCAUAUAGAAAUACUACUUGUAAAGACACGGGAUGCAUGCAUAUUAACGUAACUAAGUUGAUGUGACAUGUUUCAUAUGUGGGAGGACUUCUCUCUUGAUUUGAUUUUAAAAAUCCAAAGCAGUGCCUAUGUGAUUAUACAACUAUGCCAAGGAAAAAUUUCAGUCAUGCUGGUUCAAUAAUAUUAAAGGUGCAUGUUUAUCUUUCUACAAUAUUGGGUUAAGUGAUAGCUGAAAUAAUUACCCUAUAUACUUUUGUUCACAUGGAUGCUGUGUUCCAUGCAAAAUCCUCUUUGAUUCUUAAAUAACAACUUACUUAAAUAAUCUGUGCAGCUCAAUAGUGAUGUCAGCCCAUAACACGGUCACAGCACACAGAGAACACGUGGCUAUCAUAAUACCUAUCCACUGUCUCUCACAAUGGGUACAAAACUAAGAGAAAUUGGUCCAAACACUGUGAGUCACAACAGCUGUGUCAUUGGAAGACCUCCCCGAGAGACACUACAGGACUAGAUGGAGUUUCGGAAGGAUACUGAUCACAGGCGAAGAGAGAAAGAGCUUUAUGAGAAUAGGUGAGCUAGGUUCUCCUGCAUCCCUCAUAGCAAACAAAAGGAAGGGAACUGCUGAAAUGAAACCAUGACACACACACAAAAUUAAAAAUUACAAAUUGAUACAAGAACAUAUUUACAGCAGCGUCAUUUCUGUCUUUUCACUUGGAGUUUAGUAGGAUCUAAAAGUUAGUGCAUUUGUGAGAAUUAUCCACUUUGAUCCGCACUAGCCAGGAUAAACAUCUUCCCUGGCCACUUAAGCAAGAAACUGUCUGAAAUUAGCUCCCAACCACUCUGAUCACUUUUUCUAUUUUACACCUUCUACUGAAGAGUUUAGCUGUUAUCCCUGCACUUAAUGAGGUGUGGGACUUCGAGAUGCGCUUGUAUUGGGAUAUGAUACUGUCCUGUAAGUUUAACAAUUUAACGUUAAAAAUAAGGGAUGAAGGUUACAGUUUAUCUUCUUCUCCAGGAAAGGCAGCAUACACCUAUGUCUCUAGGUAAAUAAAAGCAAUGCACUGAAAAAAAAGACUGUUGAUACUAACGUAACAUUAAAAAAAAAAAAACUGAGAGAAAUGAAUGGAGAAGCAUUUAUGUUAUACUCUUUUUAAACCAGCCUUAAACAACUUUCUUUUUUAAUGCUCUGUCACAAUCCUGAGAGCCCGACGCCCAGGGUUUUAAGUGUCCGCAUUUGAUGUGAACCACAGGCCACUGAGGCUGUUUCACUUAAACGCCACUGCUCUGGGGAUCGCGUUAGCUCCCUGUGUCUGGAUGGGCAGGCUGCAUUACACCAUAGGGCUUCUAGUCAACAGUUCAACACUGGACGCUGCAAGGACUGCUCAGGACUUCCACAGCUGUUGCAUGCCACCCCUGGAGGUAUUUUAUUGCUUUUCUUAGAGCUGGAAUUAAGGGAGAGCUGAGGAAAUAAUGGAAACGGCAGUGCUUAGCCUCUUCCGAUGCUGCUAAAUGAAAUGGGUGCAAGCUCUUAGUGAGCCAAACCAGGAGAAAAACAAAAAAAAACAAACGGUUUCAUGCUAAAACCAAACACUUUACAUUUUGCACAGCUUGGCUUAUUUAAUAAUAGUUGUUAUGCUUGUUUGCCUCCUUGUGCCUAUUGAAAAAUUCUAUCCCUAUAGCACUAUCAUUACACUGUAGCAUGAAGAGUGUCCCUAAGUAAUGUAUUUAUGAUCUUACCUUGCAGUUAUCCAUUUAACAACCACAAAAUAAAACAAAAUUCCAUGCAGUGAUAAAGACUGUGAAACAGUGACCAGUCGAGCACGUUUCAGGUAGAGAAACAGAUGGUUGCAGAGAAGGGCUACAGCAAAUAAUGCCAGGUGCCUAGCCAGGCAAGGUUACAGACCAGAGCCAUUCAGUACUUCUGUGAGCUGCUCCUGCUGGGUCUGGGAGAGGCCAGCCAGCCGAGGUGGGUCGGUAACAAAGAGAAGCUUCGGCUGUAUGAUCUGUGACAGUGGUGGUUGUGUGCUUGGACCUGUGAGAGCCAAGGGUGGGGGAACAGAAGAAGAGCAUCUCUUGAAUGGAAAAAAAAGAAAAAUGAUUUUACAGAGUGCGUUUUUUCUCAUGGAUCUUUACCAGCUGUUCAUGCUAAUCCUGCAGAACCAUGCCAGCUUCUGCAAAUAAUCAGUUAAAAUUAACGGUGUCUUUAUUUUCAUAGUUCUUCCGGUUCAUCAAGCUGUUUUAUCUUUUAAUGAUUCCCUUUGCCAAAGGCUGUGCAGUCCAGAUGUACCUUUAGGCAUGUAGGAAAUGUGCUACUUUUUCUGAGCGUGCUUACAAAAAUGCCCACACAAAAUAAAUCUUUCUGGCUUUCCUUUCACUGCAGUUCUUACCAAUUUGAUACUUCACAGACAUAACUGUCUUAUAGUGAGGAGGCUCUUCAGUGUGAUUCCCAGUCAUUUCUCUUAGGCUCAUUAAAGUUACAAAUGUUGGAAUUUUUUUUCCCACCUCGUUAAUCCAUGCAACGACAACAUAGGUUGCAUUUGGGCAGAAAUGUGCGAUUAUUCCUGCUUAGGUUCAUCUUUUCACACUGUUUUUCUGUUGGAACACUUUACGAGUCACCUGUCUUUCUUCUAACUUGAUACGAAAAAAUAUUUAAGCUUGUUACAUUUUGUAAAAAAAAAAGAAUAAACAAAAACAAA